ACGCACGUAAUCUAUAGAUAAACUUGGAGUAAUCAUAGAUGGCGUAAUAAUAAUCUAAUGAUUUUUAAAUUAAAUCUUUAUCUCUUAGAGCAAUUACAGGUUUUGCUGCGCUUCACGUUCAAUUUCUUGCUAAUCAAAUUCACACUUUUUUAAAUAUAAUUCAAUCUUUAGCAAAUCUAAUUUGUCGACAAAAUUUAUUUCUUAAGCUUUUAUAAAAAAAAAUCAAAUUAAAUACAAAUUUAUUGUUAAAAAAUUCUAAAUUAUUGGAAUUUCUAAUCACCUACUAUUACAAAUACAAUCACAUUCUCUAAAGCAAUGAAAUUUUAUAUUGAUGUGUUGCAAUUUACCAUUUCAAUUGAAAACUGGCCUUCUACUAUUAAUUUUAAAUCUGAUCUCAUCUCUUCAAUGAAUUAAAACGCAUGUACUUUACUUAAAAAAAUAAGGCUCAAAAUUUGACUUGCCAAAGAUUUAUUGCAAUGAUAUAUCGGCCAACAUGUGUGAAAAAUAAUGUAUCAACUAAAGGAACAAAGGCACUAAUAAACUAUAUAAGCAUAUCAUCGAUUCGAUAAAUAUAAUGGGGAAACAAAGUGAAUCAUGUUGGUGGUGUGUCAAAGUUCUCAAAUGGAUACCAGUCCUUUUUAUUUUAACAGUUGUUGUUUGGUCCUAUUAUGCCUUCGUUGUUCAGCUAUGUUAUUAUAGAGUAGACAAUGAUGUUCAGAAAGCGUUCUAUCUCCUUUUCUUCCACAUAUUGUUUCUACUCUUUUUAUGGUCCUAUUGGCAAACAGUAUGCACAGACUUAGUAUCUGUCCCAGAAAAGUUUAAAAUACCAGAAGUAGAAAUAGAAAAACUUCAACAAGCGGAAACAGAUGAAGCAAUUAGGCAGAUCUUGGAAAGAUUUGCCCAAGAUUUGCCUGUAACAAAUCGUACUAUCAAAGGAGGUAUACGAUUCUGCGAAAAAUGUCAUUUGAUAAAACCGGAUCGAGCACAUCAUUGUAGUGUCUGUGGCACUUGUGUCUUAAAAAUGGAUCAUCAUUGCCCAUGGGUAAACAACUGCGUAGGCUUCCACAAUUACAAAUUUUUUAUGUUGUUUUUGGCAUAUGCUCUACUUUAUUGUAUAUUUAUAACGGCAACAUCUUUACAAUAUGUUAUACGCUUUUGGAAAGGAGAAUUAGAAGGUAUGGGUAGGUUUCACCUGCUCUUCCUCUUUUUUACUGCUUUAAUGUUCGCAGUGAGCCUGAAUUCUCUUUUCUUUUAUCACUGCUACCUUGUGCUACAUAAUAGAUCGACAUUAGAAGCCUUCAGGCCUCCUAUGUUUCUCACGGGAAAAGAUAAAGAUGGUUUUAGCCUUGGAAAGUACAAUAAUUUCCAAGAAGUAUUUGGCGAUAAUGCACGGCUCUGGUUCCUUCCUGUUUUUACUAGUCUUGGAAAUGGUGUCACCUAUCCAGUACGUUCGCAACACCAGGGCUUAACGAAUACUUAUGAUUCCAUGGGCAGUACUCGUAACAGUUUUGGAGAUGGGGUAAACUUUCCUGAGCGGCUGUACAAUGAAGAUACUCAUACUCUAUUGGGAAAUGGAACCCAACAAUGGGGUGAUGAGACAGAACUUGGCUCCGCACCUCCUUAUGUGUCUCAAUCAGGUAUUCUAGAUCAUGGAUACUUAUAUUGAGGUGUUAGAUUAGUCAGAAUUUUUAGUUGCAUUUGAUAUGUAUUUUUUAAGAAAAGAAUUACCUGAUUAUUCAUUUAUAUAUGUAUAUACAGAGUAAGUCUCCUAACAUGACUUUAAAUAACUCAGAAGUUAUUCGUUGUAUGAAAAAGUAUUUUAAACAAAAUUGCAGAUAUUUUAAUAAUUAUUCAUUUUAAGUUCCUUUUUGUAUAAUACUAUAUAUAAAAAUAUUAAACAUUGCAACUAAAAACCAAAGGUGACCUUAAUAUUUCAAUAAAAAAGUAAGGGGAUAAAAAUAGACAUACAAUAUACGUCCCCUUAGAUAUCGUGCAACUUUUGUUCGAAACAUUUUUUCGUACAAUGAAGAGCUUAAAAGUUAUUUGAAGUUAUUAUAUUAAGAGACUCACUGGAUAUUAAUUAUUAUAUUGCAAAUGAAACCUUUUUAUUUAAUAGAAAGUUGACAUGUCUACGUGCUUAGAGUGCACAUUAUUAAUUAAAUCAUAUAAAAAUACUAUUUAAUUACAUAGUAAUUAUUGAAUGAAUUUAUGGUCUUAUAUAAAAAAGCGAAAGGAAUAAUAUUAAUUCAAAUUAACUAACUGUUAAUUCUUGUAAUAAUCAUUGUUCAUUCAUAAUAGCCAGAAUUUAUAACUAAUCCAUAUACAA